AUGUCGAGGAAAUCCUGUACUCUUCACGUAUUACCUUCCAUGGCUGCAGGAACGUCUAAGGUUAUAAAACCAGCUAAAAUUAAUGACACUAUUUCUAAUGUUGCAUUAAUUAAUAAGCUUGAUGCAGAUUGGUGGAGAUAUCAAAUUAUUUCUCACAAAACUUUACAUUCUGUUGGAUGGACCAAAUUUUUGAAUGGAGUCUAUGGAUUUUCGGCAUUUUGGGAUAACAGGAUCGGCGAAUCGGGAAUUUUCGCGCGAUUAAUAGGUAUAGUUCAUAGAAACAUCUCUAUGCUCAUAAAGCUAAAAUGUAUCGUGAAAAACGAAGAUAACGAAAUUGCAGCUACCUUAUUUUAUCACAUUAUCGAAGAAAAUCACGAAAAGAAUCAUGCAGCAGUCAUGUUCAUCUGCACUCCUAAAAAGAUUUUCCCUAUACCGAAGCUGAUUACGAUAAUAUCUAACGAAAACAAUCGUAAAAUUUGGCUACCUAUUCAGAGGUAUACUUCUGUAAAAUCAGCUAAAAAUAAAAUGGCUGUAUGUGUCAGACCAUUAUAUGGACCCUUUAACGACACUUAUGCCAUAGCUCGAUUUAUUGCCUACUAUAAAACAAUUGGAUUUAUGCAUUUUAUAUUUUAUGCCCAAGAAAUAACCGAACAGGUUAAAAUGUAUUUAUUAAAACUAUUUCAAAAUAAAGUAUCUAUUGAUCUACUUCCGUGGUUUUUACCUAGUGACAUACAAGAUACUUGGGCACAAGGUCAACUGGCUUGUAUACAAGAUUGUAUUUAUAGAUACAUGUAUUUAUUUGAAUAUAUACUUAUAGUAGACUUAGAUGAACGAAUAGUUCCUAAAAUUACCUAUACCAUGCAAGAAACUAUGGAUAAUCUUGUAUUAAAAGAUGUUAAUAAAAAUGCGGGAGCAUUUAUGAUUCGGCACACUUAUUUCUGCAUUACAAAGAGUCAAAAGGUAUCACACGAACCCGUUCUGCUUAUUGAUAACGUGAAAAGAAUGAGAAAUAUAUGGCCAUCUGAACAAAGAUCUAAACUAAUUCUGAAACCAGAAACAAUUGAAAUAUGUGGAAUACACUCAGUUCAAAAAAUGUUUGGUGGAUGGAAACAAGUAGAAAUACCUCCUCAACUAGCGAUUUUGAAUCAUUAUCGAGUUAAUGCUUGCAACAAAAAUAAAAAUGUUAUGUAUAAACGUGCUAUUGGAUGCGAAGCGAUGAGAUAG